AUGGCGAUGCCGCCGUGUCUCGGACAGUUUCUUGGACAUGAAGAAUCAGACGGACGAAAGGAGAGACUUGGUGCACUUGAAGCCAUCGAAUAUAUCGAGUUGAGGGCGCAGCAGUGCCAUCAUCACCUCAGCCCUGGAAAAAAAAAGUCACCAGUCAACAAUGAGAAGCUGUUUGGUAAACUAGACUGCUCAGGAAAGGCAGUGAAUACCUUCGAACCCUCUGUAAAAGCUGUUGGUGUUACCAUCCUAGAGAGACAGCCGCCAGAUUCCAUCGGUCAAGGACGAAGAAGCGAGAGAGCGCAAGCAGGUUUCCGUUCGGUGGUGGCCCAGCCACAUCGAGGGCAAGAGAGUUGCCAUACCCGUUCAAAGAUGUAUAUUCUCCGGCGAGUUAGUGAUGAUGAUAUCAGGUCAGAAGUCCCUGACAACCGGUACUAUGUUGCUAUCAUCGUCCUCGCAUUCGCCGUUUCCUUCAUCAUAGCGUUCUUCGUGCUACGGCACCUUCGAAGGCAGAAUUAUCAGCCUCGAUUCAUACCCGGGAAGUACUUGAAGGGCCUGUGGCAGCGAUGGACACCUGGCUCGUCAUAUAACGCCGUACCAAACGGAACAGCACAGCUGGCCGAAGUCAAUGGGAGAGAAGAUGCCAGCGAGAGCCGCCAGGAGGCCGCAGUCGACCGUAACACCUCCGUCCGAUCUGUGAUGACACUCCCAUCCUACACGAUGACGCCCAAGGCGAGCGAGCGGGUGAUUGCCAGAGAAGGGGAGCGGGACGGGAUGGACGUUGUCAUCGAGUUCCCCGAGACAGCCGAGGAGGAGGAACAUAUCCGAGAGGAACAGAUGGAGUCUCUCUAUCAGAUCCGGCUGGCGCGAAGGCGAGAGAUUGCUGAGCGCGAAGAGGCACGCCAGCAGCGCAGAGAGGCCCGCGAGAGAGGCGACUGGGCCCGUGUAGAGGAGCUUCGACGAGAGAGCCGCGCUCGAGCAGAGGCAAACAGGCUGCAGUCUCAAUCCGGAUCCCCUAAUGGAAGCUCUAUCAGCGUUUCUGCGGCCACUCUGCUGGCUGAGCAUCAGUCUCGCGCCCGGGAAAGACGAGUAUCCAGCGUCUCGUAUGCUGAUAUCGGCCAUGUCAGACACGACGGAACCCGUUUAUCAUCCGGCUCUCCCGACUCCGACUCGCGAGGCCUGCUCGACUCUGCUGCGGCCAUGGGAUCGAGUCCGCUGGGCAUCCACACGCAUCAGCGGUCGACGUCGGCUUCGUCUCUGCUGUCUCACACAUCCAACAACUCUGAUGCAGAGUCUUUCAGGACGACCACAGGGCCUGCAACCCUCCCCAGUGAAGCUGACCUGGGCAUGAGCUCGAUUCCUCCGCCGUAUGAAGCUGUGGAAUGGGGAGAUGCUCCUCCGUACCAGCCAACGCCGCCCAACGAGGCCGCCGACAUCGUUGUUAGUGAAGCCGUCGACGGUGAAGUCGAGGCUGUCGAACACGCACCGAGACUCCCGCCGCUCUCAACACUGCCCAGUAUCGCGAUAGAAGUUGCUACGCCUACCAGCAGCGCGCCGCAGACGCCUGUAUCGCAUCUCCAGGCGCCCUCGCCAGCUCACAGCCCGACUUCUGCUCCGAGAUAG